AUGCUAAAAAGUAGAUCUACCGCGCCAAAGACGCUCUCAGCGACGCAGCAGGCGCUGCUAAUGCUGCACAAGGUCCAUGCGCGGGGCACGUUCCUUACAGUGAACGUGUUGCUGCUGCUUCUGGUGCUCUACACGUCGUUCCGCUUUCCGCACAAGUUCGUUCGUGUAAAGGGCGAGUGUGAGUCAAAUUGGCUACAUGUGAAUGCUCCUGCGAACUCGACUUCUGUAUGCUGCAACAAUGAGUCUGGAGGCUAUGCAGAUGUCCCUUGUUAUUCGGGCAUGGACCUUAUGCCCGUGAUGGGGUCUCUUAAAGGAGCGUGGGCGAUCCCGCUGUCAGUACUGGUGCUCAAUUAUGGAUCAAUGAUGCUGGGACCGGACGUGACAAUGCCGCGCGUUCGUGUGUACAUCCGUCGUGGACUUUUGUACGCGGCGUUGAUGGCCUUGCGCACAGUGGUGCUGUACAUAGGACUUGGCCAGGUGGAGAAGGGGCUGAUACGCACUGUCAUGGGCCGCUCGGACAAUUCUUGCUGGUACGCCAGUCUUCGUCAUGGAAAGCGCUGCCCAGUGGGAUUUGACCACUCGGACCAUAUCGUGCUGCUCGUAAGUCACUACAUGGCGAUUCCACUUUUCGAGUGGUUUGCACUGAACGUUGAGAGCGACGGGCCGAGUCUGAAACGGACGAUGCUACGCGCAUGGAUCAUCAUCAUUGGCGGACUGGCGACGUACUUGCUGUUUUUCACGGCUUCGUACUUUCACUCUCCCAUGGAAAACCUUGUGGGGCUUCUUAUUGCACAGGCAUGUGUGAUGAUGCCGUUGAUGCUCGUGACUCAGGACUACUUUGCUGUCAAGUGGUUGCGACUCCGCAACUUUGUGCUUCCGGCCAACGACCUCAAGAAUAACUGA